AAACCUCAACUCUGGCAAUUUUUCCAUUUUUCGUAAGAAUCUAUACUUCGAGCUUCUCUUCCCUGAGUUCCCGCCGGUUGAAGGAACCCGGGGAUAUCUUCUUCAGCUGAUCUUCCGGUCGUCGCCGCCGCCGUCAACAUCCGAGCUCUGCUAAGUGCUGGAAAUUGCGCGGCUGUUUGAGUUCGAUUCGGCGAGCUGUUCAUCCCUGCUAUUGUCUUGUUGGUUUCCAUGUGGUUUCACUGGCAAUGGCUGCGGCGUUUUUUCUUGUAACCAAUUAUGCAAGAGAGAAUGUCCGGGAGGAAUCGUAGUCCACCUCCUCCAAUGAAGGGCAUCCCCCGUGGUGGGAUUCCACCACCUGUUCACGAGCCUCCAUUUGGCAGGGGACUAGGUCUGACGCCUCAUCCAGCUUUGCUUGAAGAAUUUCCUGAACCCCGGUUUAGUAGGGUCCCAGGACCAAGACUCCCUCCCCACCCGGCCAUUAUCGAGGAUCGCCUUGCAGUUCAACACGAGGAGAUUCAAGGGCUUCUAGUUGAUAACCAAAGGCUAGCUGCAACCCAUGUGGCGCUUAAGCAGGAGUUGGAAGCUGCACAAUAUGAGUUGCAGAGGAUGGUGCAGGUCUCGGAUUCUCUACGCGCUGAGAAGGAUGUUCAUAUGAGGGAACUGUAUGAGAAGUGUAUGAGAAUGGAAGUGGAUCUUCGGGCAGUGGAGGCUAUGAGAGCGGAGCUUUCUCAAGUGAAUGCUGAUAUUAAGGAACUUACUAGUGCAAGGCAGGACCUUACAGGUCAGGUGCAGGUUAUGAAUCAAGAUUUGGCCAGAAUGACUGCUGAUUUGCGUCAGGUUCCUGCUUUAAAAGCAGAUAUCGAGAAUAUGAAGCAGGAAGUGCAACGUGUUAGAACUGCUAUUGAGUAUGAAAAGAAAGGAAGUGCAGAAAAUUAUGAACAUGGCCAGGUGAUGGAGCAGAAAUUAAUCUCGAUGGCAAGGGAGUUGGAAAAGCUUCGCGCAGAGAUUGCUAAUGCGGAAAAGAGGGCUCAUGCAGUUGCUGUUGCUGGCAAUCCUGGUGCAGGUGCUAGUUAUAUUGCACCAUAUGGCAAUCCGGAAGCUGCUUAUGCUGCUGGAAACCCUUAUCCUGUGAAUUAUGGCAUUAAUCCUAAGGCUAUGCUCAGUAUGGACACGGACCUGCUGCUUGGGGUGCAUAUGACAUGCACCGAGCUCAAGGACACAGAUAGAUUAGCUUGCUUAUCAGCCUAAGCUCCAUCAUUUCCAAGACUCUCUGGCUUCGCUACUUAGGUCAGGGUUUGAAGUGUUAUCGUAUGAGUCAUGAAAGGCAUUUUUGAACAUUUACUGCAUGCCAUGCUUAUUGGAAGUUGCUUUCCUUUGACAGUUUAUCACCUUGAAAUAUGUGUACUUCUGUUUCUUUGAAGCAUGUUUUUGAAGUUAUUCAGAGCAUGUACUGCAUUUUAUAUACUGAUAAUAUUCAGGUUAUAGUCAGCUACUAUAGAUCUCAGCAUCCUCUUGCAAAAUUAUCAUGUACUUUGAUGUGACAUGCCAGAACCGGGGAAGGAAUAUUCAAGUAAUAAAGUCGAUCACUAACAUAUCUGGAGCUGACAUUUGUCUUCCCAGACCAUCUUAAAGACCUUAAUCAACCAGAGUUUUUGCUACUUUCAAUUGUUCUGUAAAUCGGAGUUCCUGACUCCUGUGAUAAAUUAACCAUUCUUGCCGGUCAUUUAUGAAUGAAGUCCUCUCGUUAAGCUUAUUAUGAUAUUUUUAGGUGAUGAAUGGGAAGCUUACAUCGUGAGCUUUGCUAUUCUUUUUUCGUUUGAAGUAGGAAAACUUUCUGAAUACAUACUCUGCUUGCCAGAGACUGUUGACCAAUUUGGGGAAGACUAACUUGCCAGAUAUAUAAAAUGUACAGUCUUAUUUGGUAAAGUGUACUAAUCCACCCGACGAUACUUCCCAGUAGAGCAUCUAUAGUUGUUCUUAUCAUUUCUGACUUAAAAGCCACAAUAUUGUAGUUUCAUUAUACAUUUGGUGAUUUUUUUGGGAGCAAUCUCCCCCCCCUUCACAUUUCUUUUCUUAUCCGUUUAUGAUUCACUGUAUUUUCCGUCCUUUUACUUGCAAGUCUAGGAUAAAAGCUCUGUGUCUAUGAUUGCCUUGUAGGGGAGGAGUCAGGGUCGCUGAUGUGACCAACAUUAUGGUCAUUGGAAGCUACGGUUGUAUAAUUUGUGGACUACGUUGUCUGAAUUGUUGUCUCUCUUUCCCUUCAGGAAAAAAGUUUAUCUUUGUUGACUUGACUUAGUCCCUUUUCUCUCUCAGCAACAAUUUUAAUUUCUUAGCAAAAUAAAAUUAGAUGCUUUCUGGUCCUGCCGUCUAGUUGCACCAUUAACUGAGUGUCUCCUCUCCCCCCCCCCCCCCCCCCCCCCACCAACCCCCAAAACAAAACAUCAGAUUGAAAGGAUCCUUGGAAGCAGAAUUGGAUUCCAAAGUCAGCGCUAUUUUGUUGUUAAUGAGAGAUUACUCCCUAAAUCUCUAGCUUCAUUAUUUCUUUAGCUGGAAAUAUUUUAGGUGGAGAAAUUACACAUCAUCAUCUACUUGAUUAGCUUAAUAUCUUGCCCAUAUCUUACUUGGCUAACCGGAAUUAUGCGUAAAUUUAAAGAAUUUAUAUGUUGACAUAUCUUUGUUGUUGCUGAGGCUAGAGGAAGUAUCCUAGGUGGUUGAUAGUUUUCUAGUUUGGCAUUGUUAUUGUGCUGUUUCUUGCCUACUAAGUGUUUAUUGCUUAUACUAAAAGUUAAGAUGGUGCAAUCUGUUUCUCCUCCCAAUAAGAGCUUGCCAAGGGAACUGUCAACUUUUGAGUAAAUGUACCUCUGUGGAAUGUGAGAUGUGGGUUGGUUACCAAAGUCCUUAAAGGUACAAUACCACUUCAAAGUCAAAAUGGGUCUGUAAAUUUCAUGUUGGGAUUGUAUUUGAGCCAGUAGAAUGCAACAUGUUUCUUAAGACUACAUCCAGAAAGUCUUGGGGUCUUUGCUUCAAAUUUGUUCCUUGUUCGUGAUGAUUAGUUGGAUGUUUCUUCUGGAGAGAGUUGAUUAUGAUUUUUAACCUGGAAGCUGAUUGACUUGGAGCACUUACUCCGCCAGAGUACUUCAAGAUGUCCUUAUGAUAAUCCUUUUGUUAGUAGAAAAGGGAAGUUUCUAUUUUGGCGACCUGGUUGGCCAGGGUAUGUGGCACUUAUGCAGUGUAUGAGCAAUUACUAGUCAAGAUAGCAAUAAGGGGAGAACUAUAGAGUACGGAAGGGUUUGGCCUGCUUCGCAGAAUGGUGCUAGAACUUGCAUAGAUAACCUAUAACAUGGUUGAGUCAUAGCUUGAUCUGGGUGAUAAUUUCUCCAUUUGUUGCUUAUGGUCGAUGAGAUAGUGCUCAUUGAGGAAUGGGGAUUGUAUAGAUCUUUGGCUUCGCUGUCAAAAGAUCACCUCAAUCCUAGUUUGAAGCUCCCACAGGAAAAUCAGAGAUCCCUAUGGUUGUUGCUUCCUCUAUCAAGGACUAUAGUUAUCCCUAGAUAUAGGUAUUCUGGCUAUCAAACUCUGGGAUAAUUGUGUGGCUGUCCAACAUCAUACUCUAGGGCUCUGCUCUGGUUCUAUUGUCUUUUGGAAGAACAGCAGCUCAGUGUGAAGGAAGGCCGUGCAUUGCAUGAGGUAUCAUUUGUUGAAAAGAUUUUCGACUGUGAAGCUGCAGGAUGAUUUCAAGGUCAAAUAACAGCCUGCUGGCCUUCUCCAUGAACCUGCAACUGUUAGCCAUAUUCAAUGAGGCCUUAACCUGUCUGGACAGGCUGAGAGAUUGUUCUCGUCGCCUAAGGCGAAAUUGAUUUUCAAAUUCUGGAGAAGCAUCUCGGUUGACCAGUCGAAGCAGAGAGUGGCUACAAGAAAACCUCGAACUAUUAGAAGUUAUUCUUGAUCGUGACAGCUUGUGGGGCUUAUGAAUUGCAAACUCCGCACUACAGAUUGAUGUUGAUAAAUUCCGAACCGAACAGAAGAAUCUUACAAGGGCUUGAAAUGGAGCAAUUUCUGCUCGGACAGGAUGAAGGUCUCAAUGGAGAACUCCCAUCGAAGAACCGAACCUCGAUCAAUGCUCCUUUCUUUGCUUGAAGCUCUGUCACUGUGGCUGUGGCUGUGGCUAGUUCCGGUGGGCGGAGGGCAUCAAGACUGGUUGGAGCAAGCUGCGUUGGCUUCUGAGGCUUCUACCCCUUUUCCGGAAAACGUUCAGCAAGUGACAACCAAAUUCCGGUUACUCAAAGAGUUGAAGGACUAAAUGUCAAAUUUCCCUAACCUCGGGGACCAAAUAGCAAAUACAAUGUCCUCUACCAGA